CGGCGAUCGGAGGUUUCCUCCUCAGAAGCAAAUUAAAUCGAAGCAUUUCGACCACGGAAGAAAUUUGACCAUAAUUAUGACGUUUAGAUAGCACAGUAUUUUUCAUAUAUUUUCUAAAACAAAAAUAUUUUACACUAGAUAAUAAAAAAAAUAUGAAUGAGAAAAUAUAUCAGAAAAUGCAUUUGAUUUUGAUGGCAUUUGUUUUUCUUCUGCGUGGCACAAAUGGAGCACUGGAUAAUUCAGGAACGGAGUUCGCAUUGGUCUUCAUGGAGAAUCCUUUGUUGCAAGAACAAAUUGCUUACGUCCCAAAUUUGGAUAAACUUCUGUUUAUUACAACGCAGUCCGAUGAAGAUGUUUUCGUAAAUGUAACAUCGCCAAAGUCAGCUGGAAUUGUUGACGAACGCAAUCUGGUAAUAACAAAAGGUUCUGUCAUCAAUGUGACAAUAUCACAUGACCUAGAGAUGUCCGAGGAUUCCACCGUUUCAGAUAAGGGAGUUUACAUCUCUUCUACAGCUGAAAUUGUCGUUUACGCACUGAACAAAGAAUUCUUAACAGCUGAUGGAUUUUUAGUGCUCCCGAUAGAUGCCCUUGGUACGGAAAAUAUUGUUGUUGGCGCUGAACCGACGAUGGGAGACUUUGCGUUUUGUGUUGUUGCGGCAUAUGACAAUACCACCGUGUCAUACUUCAAUGAUACAGCCAACGAGACGGUAUCUUUUACGCUAGAAAGCUUCCAAACGUACCAAGUAAGUGCAACGACGGAUCUGACUGGGUUAGAGCUGGAGUCGAACAACCCCGUAGCUCUGUUUUCGGGGAGUACACGGCAGUCCAUUGCGGUCACAGACGCGGUUACUGGAAGCAGUGACCAUCUAGUGGAGCAUAUACCACCGGCUAAAACAUGGGGAAAGGUUUUUAUCACGGCGCCGUUAAUGGAGAGAACAGGGGGUGAUAUUCUGAGGAUAGUCUCCGGUGCUGACGCUAAUACAAUCACGUAUAAUUGUUCAGGAAACGCCACCAUCGUUGAUACCGUAACACUUAAUAAGGGAGAUGUCCGAGAAAUCGAUACCAACUCAACACCCGUGUAUUGCCACAUCGUAUGCACCAAGCCCUCAUUGGUGGUACUUUUCAGUAAGAGCGCCGCGGCAGAUGGUGUAGACUCGGAUCCUUUUAUGACGAUCAUCCCACCUGUGGAACAGUACGACAGUAUUUAUACAUUUGCCACUGCCAAAUCUGCAAUUCUAAUCGCAGCACCAUAUCAACAGAUGAUCAACGUUAUCAUCAACACAGACGCAAUAUCGGGAUUGAUCCUAGAUGGCGACACUCUCUCUGGCGUCGACUGGUACGAGCUUGACGCGGAUGGUACGUCAUACUCGAUUAUGCAGUAUGAGGUCGUUGACGGGACACAUACGCUUUACCAUACAAACCCAACAGUUUCGUUUGCCUUUAUGAUACACGGUGUCGUCAAGUACGAGUCAUAUGGAUACACAGGUGGCCAAAGGUUAGCACCAAUUGCACUACCAUGUACUCCAACUCCUACUGUGCUUGGCGAUGGAAUCGACAAUGACUGCGAUGGGCGAAUAGAUGAGGAACUCUACACGCCUAAUGCGCCGUAUGAUGAUGACGGAGACGGCUUGGUUGACGAGGAUGUGGCCCAAAAUUAUUGUUAUAAUGCCUCCGACUGUGAAUUGGUGGAUACCGCUUUGUUUACAACAACCAGUGCAGUUGAUACAACAACCGACGCUGAUACAACAACUGAGGCUGAUGCAACAACUGUUGCUAUGACAACAACUGCAGCUGAUACAACAACUUUAGCCGUGACAACAACUAUAGCAGGUUCUACAGCUGCUGGUCCUACAACAACUAUAGCUGCUGGUCCUACAACGACUACAGCUGCGGGUUCAACAGGCGCUGGUCCUACAACGACAACAGCUGCGGGUCCAACAGGUGCCAGUCCUACAACGACUAC